AUGCCCGACACGUCUCCUGACCUCCUAAAUAUUCCCGGGUCGCCCAACGACCGAGAAUUUCUCUACGCUGUACUCAACCUUCCCACUACUGCCUCCGAUAAUGAAAUAAGGGAACGCUACAAACAACUUUCUGUUGUUUUUCAUCCGGACAAGCAACAUGACGGGCAAGCGAAGGAUACAGCUACCAAACGCUUCCUGGAGGUGCAGAAGGCAUACGAAGUGUUGUCGGACCCUAUAACGCGGCGAGCAUACGAUCUUCUAGGUCCUGAUGGACUCAAAGACGUUCAAUUGGCCGACUUGAGCGGCCUUUCCAAAGAAGAGCUCGAUGCUGCCUUAAUACACAACAACAUAGAAGUGGAGCGGGCGCGUUUAGAGCCCAUCGUUCGUCCGAGAGCCCACAUUUCUCUCAACGUCGACGCUAGCUCUCUUUUUGAAGACGACGAUUACUUCAAUGCUAAGGACGAACCGCUGCAUGGACGUUUGACGCGCAGGUUGAAGGAGGUUCAAAGAAGCAACCUCACCUUCCGCCACACAGUCCAGAAAGAAAUCAAUGAUAAGACUGUACUAGUAUUAUCCAGUAGUGGGGGUGGAACGUCGCGCGGAAAAAUAAUGGGGACUAUCAGACACCAGUACUCUCCUCGUUGGAAUUUCGAGGCCACAACGUCUCUUCUUAACAUGGCUUCUCUUGGUCUCAAGACUACUUACCGCGACGACGAUAGUACUGUCAUGGUGCAGACACAUCUUCCCGCCCUGUUUCGACGUUUCUUCUCUAGUUUACCUGAAGAUCGAAGAUUACCUCCAUUCACUGUCGCCCUCUCACGCCGCCUCUUCCCCGAAUCCCCCACACAGGGCACCAUUGUAGUUACCACCAGGUCCCCCAUGCCCGUGGUGUCUGUCAACUUGUCUUCUGCGCACUUCUUUGACCAUACUCCUGAAGCGUCUAUCCCAAUGCCGAACUUGGGGUCAGAACAUGGUGUACGUCCGCCUUCCGUGCAUGGUUUGGCUCUUGGGACGACUUUCUGGAACGUCGGUGUGACGAUGGCAGGUCUCAUGACCGGCGUCAGUGCCCAGUGGGGACUAAACUUUGUGGAGUUGGGGUUGCAGGCGAAAGUGAUUGCGCAAUUUGCUUUGAACGGUUGGUCCUGGUUGGUUGGGUGCGAGUGGAGGAAGAACGAUAGUGCCGCUGGCGCAAGUGUGGGUAUGGGACUGGAAGGCAUAGUGUUGAAGCUGGAUGUGUUCUACCUAGGUCAACAGCUAACAGUGCCAAUCACACUCUCCCAUGACCGUGAACUUGGUUUGGCGCUAUGGACUACUGUAGUGCCUUCUACAGCUCUUGUCGCCGCGUAUUACUUUAUCCUGCGGCCUCGCCGUCGCAGACAACGGAUGGAGUUUUUCCGACGGGCUCGGCGGGACUUGCGAGACGAAAAAUCUGAUGUGUUGCGUGAGAUAAAGGAGACGAGUCAUCUAUUGCAGGACACGGCAAAGAAGCACAUGCAAGCAGAAGCUUCCUGUGGCGGUUUGAUCAUUGUCGAAGCACUCUAUGGCCCUUCGGAGCGGGACGAGAGUACGAAGGGAUUAGACGUCGAUGUCACAGUCCCUGUCCAGGCCUUGGUGAACAAGAGUCAGUUAUACAUCCCCGGGAGGAGAAGUAAGGCUGGACUGCAAGGCUUCUACGACCCUGCCGCCAUGGUCGCCAAAACGCUCCGAAUACGUUAUACGUUCCGUGGCCGCCUGCACUACGCAGAAUUUACAGACCAUAUGCCCGUGGUGCUCCCUCUGGAAGAGCAUCUUGUGGACUGA